UUUACCACAUAUUUAAGUACGUAAGUUGUUGCUUUUGGUAGUUUUCGUGCAAACGCCGUUAGACAUGGUCCUCAAAUGUCCAAAGAUUCCGUGCAACAUGGAAAGGAAGAAGAAGAACUUGUUAUUCGGAACUUUGACAGUCAUUGGUGCUGUUCUCAUUCAAAUAACCUUUGGUUACUUUUAUACAAUUGCAAACAUGGUUCCGUAUAUUUUGAGUUAUAUUAAAGCUCGUGUCGAUCCCGAUGUGCAAAUUCAAUCAACUGUUUGGCUCUCAGCGCUUGCACUAGCAUCUCAAGGUAUAUCAAUGGCACUUGGUGGAAUCGUGUAUCAGAAAGCUGGUUUCCGUUUGGUCGUAGGACUAGGAUGUUUGCUUCACAGUGGAAGUGUUUUCUUGACAAAUAUUACAAUUCAAAGGACUUUCAUCGGUGUUAUUAUAACAUACUCAGUACUCAUGGGUUUGGGGCUUGGAUUUGCAUAUUCGGUAGUGAUGGGAGUGGCUGCGAAAUGGUUUCCAAAACGACGAUUCCUCAUUGUUGGUUUAGUUGUUGGCGGAUUUGGACUGGGAGCACUAGUUUUUACGCCCCUUCAGACAGCACUUAUCAAUCCGAACAACACACCGGUGAAUCCUACUACAAAGCUAUUUGACGACCCUGAGCUAUUAGAUAGAAUACCAAGAGCAUUUCUCAUCUUGGGAGGUGUUUUGAUCAGUGGACAAAUCGUUGGUUUUCUCCUCAUGAGCGAGAAAAAACUGAAGGAUAAACCUGAUUCUCUUAAAGUAAACACAAACCAAGUCAACAUACCGCCUAAGCAGUUAUUCCGUAAAAUUGACUUCUACUUGUUAUGGAUAAUCAUGUUCUUAAUUAUUAUUCCUAUCACAAUUAUCACAUCAGCGUACAAGCUUUUUGGACAAGAGUAUAUCAGUGAUGAUAAGUACCUAUCUAUUGUUGCCAGUAUAACAGCACUUUUUAAUGCUGGUGGUAGGAUUAUGUGGGGUGCUAUAGUAGAUCGCAUUUCAUUCAAGAUACCAUUGUGCAUUGUGUUGAUACUAUGGGCUAUAAUACUUUUCACAUUUCCGCAUAUUGGAGGAAUACCAAUGCCGGGUCUUAAAGCUGCAUACGCAAUUUGGGUAUGGGUACUAUUUUUGAUACUAAGUGGAGUGUUUGUUAUUAUGCCAGGAGGUACAGGAAAUAUAUUUGGUCCUACCUACUUUGCUAUCAACUAUGGCAUUGUAUUUACUGGAUUCACUGUCGGAAGUAUACUAUGUUCUGUUGUCUCAAUGUUUAUACAUGCACCUAAUCCUUAUCUAGUACAGUUCACUGGCUGCGGAGGUGUUUGCUUACUCGCAUUCCUGUUUGCGAUUUGGAUUGAAGACAAGAAGAUUUUCCCUAAAGUUGACUGUAUUCCUUGUGUAAAAGUCUGUCCAAGUUUGAGAGUACGCAAUAAUAGCGAAAGUCAGGAGGAUAAGGCAUGAGUAAACGUUUACAUAUAUGAUUGUCAAUUAAAAAUCUCAUUAAAAAUAUAGCUCAUCACAUUUGUAAUAGUUUGUUUUACAAUUUAAUUGUUAUUCUCCUUUUUGGUUUUUUAGUCUAUUCUGUUUACAUCCUUUAAUAUGUGUAUACGUUACUUUGUCAUUUAUUAUCUCCUUAAUUUGGGAGGAUUUAUAUCACAAUCCAUAUUUACUAUUUUUCUCCAGUUUAAUUUUAUGUAGAAAAUAGUCUCUCUAUAUAGUCUGAUACAAACUAUCAUGAUGCACGUCUUCGUUUGAGAUCGAUACUAGUUUUUAUUCAGGCGAACUUAUGUUCAAUGAGGUUUUGCAAUGCAUAAUCAGGCAUUUCCUUAUUCUACUUUUUUAUAAUUGAUAUUUUUAUUAUUCAGUCAAAAGUAAGGAUAUUUUAUAUAAACAUUUACAACGAACUGUAUCAAAAAAAAUUACUGGAAGCAUAUAUAAUCAAUAAGCAGAAAUACUGCUGUUAAAAUCAAAGAAUAAUGAUCAUGUUCCUUUUGUCUUAUCAAACCACUGAAAUCCUUUGUUUGUUUGUUUUUUCAAAAAAAAGAGAAACUUGUCAACAAAUUUUGAAAUCCUGUCAUUUAUCUAACCAAACUGAUGUAAUUGAAGUGCUAUUUUGUUC